AUGGAAGACCUGGAUAUUGUUGUUGUUGUUGCUGCUGCUGUGCUGCUUUCGGACGGACGCCGUCUCCGCCGUGUGUGGGUGCACCCCAUCCUCGCUGGCCGUGAACAGCACGGCGAGUUCCACCGCCUCGUCCAAGAGCUGCGUCUGGAUGGUGAGAGAUUCCAGCGCUACUUCAGACUGGACCGGGACCAGUUCGAUGUCCUGCUGGCAAAGAUUGGCCCGGUGAUCACCAUGCAGAGGACGAACUACCGGCAGCCCAUACCACCAGCGGAGCGUCUGGCCAUCUGCCUGCGCUUCUUGGCUACCGGCGACUCAUACCGCACCAUAGCGGACAGCUACCGUGUGGGAGCCAGCACGGUGGGCCGGAUCGUGGUGCAGGUGUGCAAGGCCAUUUGGGAUGAGCUGGUGUCGGAGUAUAUGCAGGAGCCAACCACCGCCGAUGAUUGGAGGGGCAUAGCCGAUGGCUUCCAGCGUCGGUGGAACUUCCCAAAUUGCGUGGGGUCUAUUGAUGGGAAGCACGUUGUGAUCAAGGCGCCGAACAAGUCUGGCUCUCUAUACCACAACUACAAGGGAACCUACUCCAUCAUCCUCCUCGCUGUUGUGGACGCCGAGUACCGGUUCCGUGUGGUGGACGUGGGGAGCUAUGGAAGGGCAAGUGACGGUGGCGUUCUUUCCAACUCCAUCUUUGGCCAGAGGCUGCGCGAUGGGAGCCUGGGACUGCCAGGGGAUGCUGUUCUGCCAGGAGCGGAGAGGCUUGGACCGCAGCCAUUCGUCUUCGUGGGGGACGAGGCAUUCCCACUCCGGCGCAACCUCAUGCGACCUUUCCCGGGGAGGCAAGUUGGAGGCCACAGGACGUUCAACUACCGGCUCUCCCGUGCAAGGCUGAUCGUCGAGAAUACCUUUGGUAUCCUCACAACCCAGUGGCGUUUAUACAGACGAGUCAUUGGGAUCAGUCCUGCAAAUGCGGAGACCUGCGUGAAGGCAACCUGUGUGCUGCACAACUUUUUGCGGCGCGACAUCAGGAGGCAGCCACCAACGCCGUCCACAGCUGGAGACAGCGAGCCUACUGGCAUCUUUCCGACGCGUCAACUGGGCAGCAACAACGCCACUCGCCAGGCCAUCCGCAUCCGGGAGAAAUUCGUGGACUACUUCUCCAACGAAGGGGCCGUGUCCUGGCAGCCUACUUGA